AUGACGCCCGAAGAGUUGAAAUACCUCGGCGUGACUAAUGGGAUGGAAUACUCCGCGUUCGUUUCAAGUCGCCAUGACACCUACCCGUACAUCACACCAACAGGAGCCGAACUCGCAGGCAAAUCCAUCUUUAUAACAGGGGCUUCAAGAGGAAUUGGUCGAGCAACAGCCAUACGCUGCGUGAAAGCUGGAAUCUCGAAGAUUGCAAUUGCAGCCCGCUCAUCGCUUGAUGAAGUCGUGAAAGAGCUUAAAGCAGAAGCUGCAAGCUCCGCCCUCCCAGAGCCACAGAUUCUUGCAUUAGAGGUUGAUGUCGCAUCAAAGGAGUCAGUGGAAGCUGCCGCAAGGGCAGUAAAUGACUCGUUCGAAGGAAAAUUGGAUGUUCUUGUGAACAAUGCCGGAUAUUUACCGGAGAUGAAGCGAAUCAUGGAGUCUGACCCGGACGACUGGAUGAGAACAUGGGACGUCAACAUCAAGGGCCCAUAUCUAUGUUCCCACUAUUUACUCCCCAUGAUAUUGAGAUCCAACACAAAAACAAUCAUCAACAUGACAUCGAUUGGAGCUCAUUUAAUCACGGUUGGCGGGUCUGGGUAUCAGAACUCACGGUUUGCUUUGUGCCGCUUUACAGAAAGCCUUGCUCGCGAGCACGAAAAUGAAGGUCUAAUUGUGCUGGCUCUUCAUCCCGGAGCCAUCAGGACGGAAAUGGCAGACAAACUAACUGGUGUCUUCCCAGAUAUCUUUGUUGAUGUAUUGGAGCUUCCAGCGGAUACUAUUGUAUGGCUUGUGAAAGAGCGACGUGAGUGGUUGAAUGCGCGGAUGGUUGAUGGAACAUGGGACAUGGAGAAGUUGGAGGAAAAAAAGAGUGAGAUUGUUGAAAGGGAUGUGUUCAAGUUCCGGAUUACUAUAUAG